AUGGCUUCAAUUUUGCGCAGUACAGAAUUAAUUGCCUACAAUUUAUUGGAAUUAUUGGUAAUUGGUAUUUUAGAAGUUUAUGUGUACACCAAGAAAUUUACAAUUACGAUAAAGUUCAAUUUCGUAUUCGACCUGACGUCAGACGAGGAAAUUGCUGAAAACAAUCAUUCCACUAAUGUUAAAAAUAAUGGACAGAUACGGACCAAGUUGAAUAAAGCUCGAACACUUUGGCGUAGUAGCGGGGGGGCUGUCGGUGGUCAACUAUCGUUAGAUAGUUCGACAUUGCCACCUGACGCCUCCCCACUAUCAGGAGGUGUUGGUAAUCAAGGCAGAUUAUCCAGAUGGUUUUCAUUGCGACGUGGUUCUACACAACAAUAUGAUAUUGGAUGCAAUAAUGAAUGUACCUACCAUCCUCCAUGUAUUUGUGGGAUGGAUUAUAAAUGUGGCAACAAUAAAAUGCCUUAUUUACCUGAGGUGGAAGAGGAUGCUGUUGUUCAUCAAUUUUCUGCUAGUUGCUUAUUGCAACAACGCAGACAAGUACCACCUUCAUUACCACCUCCCCCACAAAAUUUAACACCGAAUCAAUUGAAACGACGUAUGAUUGUUGCGGCGAUUGUUCAUAGUGAAAAUAAUUAUGUAGCGACCCUCCAAAGAUUAGUAAAUGAUUAUAAAAAACCGUUGGAAGAAAGUAGUCCACCUAUUUUAAGUGCAUCGAAAAUAUCAACACUCUUUCAUAGAUUACCAGAGAUAUUACAGUGCCAUACCUUAUUUCGUAUUGCAUUAGCUGAAAGUAUUCGUAAUUGGGAUCGUGAUGAACGUAUUGGAGAUGUUUUUAUUGCAUCAUUUUCAAAAGCAAUUGUUUUAGAUAUUUAUAGUGGUUUUAUAAAUAAUUUUUCAAUUGCUUUAGACUUAGCCAAAUUAGAAUCAAAACGUAAAUCAGCAUUAGCAGAUUUUUUAAAAGUAAAACAAAUUAGUUCACACGAUCGAUUAUCAUUUUUUGGUUUGAUGGUAAAACCUGUACAAAGAUUUCCACAAUUUAUAUUAUUUUUACAAGACUUAUUAAAACAUACACCCCAUGGCCACCAUGACAGAAUGUCGUUACAAUUAGCUUUAACACAACUUGAAUCAUUAGCGGAAAUGUUAAAUGAACGUAAACGUGAAUCUGAACAAUAUUUAGCAUUUAAGGAAAUGUUACGACAUAUUAGUGGAAAAUUCUCAAUACGACCAUUAUCGGAUGGUAAUCGUUAUUUACUUCGUGAGGAUAAUGUUACACAUUUGGAAUUUAACCAAAAUGGUAUGAUAACGAAAUCAAAACGACGUCGUUUAUUACUAUUAAACGAUCUAGUUGUAUGCGUUUCGGUAGCAGCAAAAACAUCAGAUGAGUUUAGUACAAGUGAACGUUUAACAUUAAAAUGGUCGUAUCCUGUAUCUGAUAUAGAAAUACAAGAUACAAGUACGUCUCCAACGCUAACACGUAUCUUAACAAGUGGUUUAAAUCGUAGUGCUAGUUUAAAAUCAAAUGGUAGUUCAUCAUCGUCAUCAAUUACUGCGAAUGAGUUAUCUGGUGUUGAUAAUAUUUGUACAGAAAUGAAUAAUUUAAUGCAUGAUUAUGAGGUGAUCAGUCGCAUAUCGGAUUUAGUAUCAACGUUAAAAGGUACAUACAAUUCGUUAACUGUGGAUAAUAUACGCAAAGUACUGCAUACAAUUCAAAGUUCCAUACAACAUAACGACGAAGAAAUCGCUUGGGUCGAUUCAUGUUGUUUACAAUUAGUAGCAAAAAUUAAAAAUGGUAAAGAAGAAGUGUUUACAUUUCAAACAGAAAAUCCAUCUGUGAAAAAGGAAUGGAUUACUGAAUUACGUUUGGCACAAUUAGCAUUAGAUCCAUCAAAUUCACCAGCAUGGGAAGUCCCAGAGCAGGAACAACGACCUUCAACGAAAAUGCCGUUAUUUGUUCAAGCACAACCUGUUUUUAAAUCACCACAUCAAACAGAGGUCCGAUGUGGAUGUUUCUUUUCGUUAAACAACACCAAUACACUUCAACAUAAUCGGCGUAAAAAUCGAACACGUAAUCAUUUAUGGAUUUGUACAACAAAUGGUGCUAGUAGUCAUAUCGCAAUAUUACAACAACAUAACCAACAAGCCGGGACGUUACGUGAAAUAGGGGCAUUCGAUUUAAUUGAAACACAAAUCACAAGUAUGGAAUUUGUAAAAGGUAUACCCGAAUACACAACCGAAACUAAUGAUACCGUCUGGUUGGGUACUGAUAGUCGUAAAUUGUUGUUAUAUUCAGCAAGUGAACCGGAUAAGAAGGAAAUAGACACUUGUACCGUACCCGCUAACAUUACAAAUAUCAAAUAUCACUGUGAUAGUGUAUUCGUGGCAUUAGAAAAUGGUUCAUUGUUAAUAUACCGACGUAAUUUUAAUGAUGGAAGUUGGUUACUUAAAGAUCCACAAUUUGUGGUCCUAGGAUCUCAUCCAGUAUCAUCCUUAUUACCAAUUAAUAUGUGUAUUUAUGCAGCGUGUGGUAAAAAAGUGUUUGUCCUCGAUAGUUUUAACGGUGAAAUUCAAAAGCAUUUUAGUGUUCAACAUGAAUCUGGUGGGAAUGUAAAUUUAAUGGCACAUUCUGGUAUAGGAUUAUGGAUUUCGUUAAAAAAUUCGAGUACUGUUUGUUUAUAUCAUACAGAAACCUUCAAACAUUUACAAGAUAUAAAUAUUGCAUCGAAUGUAAUGCGGAUUGUACGAAAUGCAGAUACGCAGAAUAAUUAUUUAUGUCGAGAAGUAAAUACGAAUAAUAGACCACCAAUUUUUGUGACUGCUUUAAUGGCUUGUAGGGGUUUGUUGUGGGUGGGAACAAAUGUUGGAAUAUGUUUAACAAUUCCUUUACCACGAUUGGAAGGUGUGCCGAUAAUAAGUGGACGCGUAAAUAUUUCGUAUCAUGCUCAUUUUGGACCAAUUUCAUUUUUAUUAGCUUUACAUCCAACAAAAACGUUUAACUUAAUUUCAACUACAACGGAGUUACCACCUAGUGAAGUCUCAACACCCGUAGUGGAUAAUAAAGAUAUCCCAGAUUCAGAAAAUACCAAAGAGAAUUUAGAUAAACAAAAUAACGAUAACUCCACGAAUCUAACAGCGAAGUUAAAACAUCAAUUAACCAGUAGUCCAGUUGUACUUCGACGUAGACGUUCGAAAGAUAACGAUUUAUCACGAUUAUCAAAAACAUUACCUAGAGGUUUAGGUUGUGGUGGAGCAAUUUUCUCCACUUCAACAACUUCGUCGCAAGGUUCUGGUGAUACGUGUGAUGUGUAUGGAUUAUACGGUGAUUUAAUGAAUAUCAAAGAUUACGAUGGCGAAGAUAGUAUGCUAACAGAUCCAGUUUAUGAAACACUAAGACGUAGUGACCCUGAAUUGGCAGCAAUACCAAAUAAAGUGAAUACUUUAGAUCGAAGGUUACGUAUGAAAGUGGGUCGGCCACGUUCGUUAGAUUUAUCAAAUUGGUCUGUAGAAUCUAGAUCAUCAUCAUUGUAUACAUCAUCUGGUUCAGAGGAAAAUGUUGGUGUUAAAAAUGGCGGGGGACGUAGUGUUUCUCGAACUAAUAGUAAUGCUAGUCGACAAGGUUGUCAGUUAAGUUUUACUGAUAGUAAUAGUGACAGUGUUGUACUCUCAAGUACAAGCACACCAGUGAAACAACAAGUUACUACUGUCAAAAUGGUUACGUCUGCACCGAGUGCUGAUGUUUCAAGACGUACUGUAAUUACAUUAAUGGGUGGUCGUGGAUAUGUAAAUUGGCGGCAUUCGUCGUUUAUCAGUGAUAAAGCAAAACAUUCGACAUCUUUAAAAGAACCAAACAGCAAUGACGCACAUAUUGUGAUAUGGGAAUUGAAAUUGUGAUUCAAGGAUUUAUAAAGAGAAAAGAAAAUUUUAUUAAUUUAAGUCUAUGCUCUUCUUAUUUGUUUAAGUAGUAAAUCAUUUUAUAUUUUAAAUAGAUGUUAGAGUUCCUUCAGUAAGAGGUAAAACAACAGUGCUCUUUCUUUUGGUUUAUCAUGACCCUAUCUAGUUUUCUGGACAGUUAUUUCUAACGACAUAAAGACGCGAAUUAAAAAUGUUGAAUUCAAUGCUUGAACAUGCCAUUGAGGCUUUUGUUCACCUCUUCGAAAACUAACAUAUCCCAAAUUUUCAGACAAAAUUUGAUGGAGGCCACCAUUUCCAUAAGGAAUGUGCGGAACUGAGAGAUACUUUGCAAAUCUCGCCGAUAAGUUGUUUGCAGCGCUAGUACUUGAUAAAACUAUUUUUAUAUUUCCAAUUCAUAAUUAUUUUAUAAUUCAAGUCCACGUCUGUGCCCAUUAUUAAUUUAUACCAGUUAGAAAGCAAAGUACGUUGGCUUAUCUUUAAUUAAAGAAACUCUAAAUGUAUGUAAUAUGCGAAAAUAUCUAAUUUUUAUAUAAUUAUUAUAUGAUAAUUAUUGAUUUAUAUUUGUAAAAAAAAUUUUUAAUUCAAUUAUUAAUAAGUGGAAGUAAUCUCACAAACAGCACAACUAAGUUAUUUAGCAAUUUUUGGACAGCUAUACAAAGGUGUAAAAAUUCUUAUGAAAUAUUCCUUAGUUUCUUAUACAAGGGUCGUGUAAUACCUAAAAUUUCCUUUAUCAACUAGUUAAAAUAAAAAUCUCAAAAAAUGUAGAAAAUGUUAA